AUGUCCGACGCGAAGCGGAACGACCCAAAAGACUAUCCUAAGCCGUACUUGGUAUUGGUGGCUACAGAUAAACAACAGAAAGAACUCGAAACAUUGAACAAGGGUGUCUCGGAAAAGCAGCUUCUCAAGCUAGUUGCUGGAGAUCAUAGUUUAUGUCUGAGGAUCGACCAACAAAAGCUGUGUCCAUCUGAAGGUCAUUUAAUCAGGAAUUCUAAGAAAGAAUACGUCAAGGAAUCAGACAAGAAAUACCCUAUUGAUGUGUUUAGAAGAAGAUUUGAUACUGGGAAACCAGCCGAAAUGGAAAUGAUAUUGACGCCGAUAUCACAGCCGGAAGAUGGCAAGCCGGUCUUCAGAAGUGGGAAAGCGAUGUUCAAGGCAAUUGGAGAUGAUAAAUUUCCACUCGUGAAUUGGACUCUAGAGGCUGGAAAAUAUAAGCUCGAAUUAAUUGGUACGAUUCACUUCAAGUAUAUCAAUCAUGCUGGAGAAUUCGCAAUAUCCGAAGAGGCUCAGGUAGAUCUCAUAUUCAUGCUUGAGAUCGAAGAGGACAAGAACUCGCCCACUGAGGAAGACUCUGAUAAAUCAAGCCCUGAAGCCUAUCUUACUGAAGCUGAUCUCGGGAGGUGA